AUGCGCCUCGACGUCAAGCGGCAAUUGUUUGCCAGGAGCGAACGAGUGAAGGGCAUCGACUUCCAUCCUCACGAGCCAUGGAUCCUCACAACACUCUACAACGGCCAGGCAUAUAUUUGGUCGUACGAGACACAGCAAGUCGUCAAAACAUUCGAGUUGACCGAUGUCCCUGUUCGAGCCGGCCGAUUCAUUGCGAGGAAGAACUGGAUUGUGUGCGGUUCAGAUGACUUCCAGGUCCGGGUCUACAACUACAACACCUCGGAGAAGAUCACUACCUUCGAGGCUCACCCCGACUACAUCCGAGCCAUCGUCGUGCACCCGACCCAGCCAUUCGUCCUAACCGCCUCCGAUGACAUGACGAUAAAGUUGUGGGAUUGGGAGAAGGGAUGGAAGUGCGUGCAGGUUUUCGAGGGUCAUGGCCAUUAUGUUAUGGGACUGGCCAUCAACCCAAAGGAUACUAACACCUUCGCUUCUGCGUGUCUCGACCGAACAGUCAAGAUAUGGAGCCUCGGAUCGCCCACCGCCAACUUCACUCUCGAAGCCCACGAUACGAAGGGUGUCAACCACGUCGACUACUACCCUUUCCCCGACAAGCCCUACCUCCUUACCUCCUCCGACGAUAGGACCGUCAAGAUUUGGGACUACACCACCAAGUCUCUCAUCGCCACCCUCGAGGGUCAUACCAAUAACGUUUCGUUCGCCUGUUACCAUCCCGAGCUUCCCGUUAUCAUUUCCGGUUCGGAGGACGGAACAAUUCGCAUAUGGCACGCCAAUACCUAUCGCUUCGAACAGUCUCUGAACUACGGCCUCGAGCGGGCUUGGUGUGUGGCGUAUCAGAAGGGCCAGCAGGGCAUUGCUGUUGGCUUCGAUGACGGUGCCAUCGUGGUCAAGAUGGGUAGGGAGGAGCCUGCCGUUUCGAUGGACGGCUCUGGUAAACUCAUCUGGGCGCGCCAUAAUGAAGUUAUUUCGGCCAUCAUCAAAGGCGGUGAUGCAUCCAUUAAGGAUAACACUCCUAUCACCCUCCCAGUCAAGGAACUCGGCACUUGCGAAGUCUAUCCUCAAACCCUCCUUCACUCGCCCAACGGCCGGUUCACCGCAGUUUGUGGUGACGGCGAGUAUAUUAUUUAUACCAGUCUUGCGUGGAGGAACAAGGCCUUCGGUUCGGCCCUUGACUUCGUGUGGGCCUCCAAGGAGAACAGCAACGAUUUUGCUAUCCGCGAGUCGGCGACCAGCGUCAAGGUCUACAAGAACUUCACCGAGAAGCAGGGAGGCCUUGAUGUUGGGUUCCACGCCGAUGGCUUGACAGGUGGAACUCUUCUCGGUGUUACAGGCCAGGGUGGCAUCUCCUUCUUUGAUUGGAACACUGGUGGUCUCGUCCGUAGGAUCGAGGUAGAGCCUAAGCAGGUGUACUGGUCUGACAGCGGCGAGUUGGUCGCCAUCGCGUGCGAAGACACCUUCUACGUACUCCGUUUCUCGAGGGAAAACUAUGUCGAGGCUGUGCAAUCUGGUCAGGUUGACGAGGACGGUGUAGAGGCGGCCUUUGAGGUUAUCACAGACAUCAACGAGAGCGUACGGACCGGAGAGUGGAUCGGUGCUGUCUUCGUCUACACCAACACAACCAACCGACUCAACUACCUUGUAGGUGAUCAGACCUACACAAUAUCCCACUUCGACGCGCCCAUGUACAUCCUGGGCUUCAUCCAACGCGAUGAGAGGAUCUAUCUGGCAGACAAGGAUGUCAACGUAACGUCGUUCGGCCUGUCCUUGCCCGUCCUCGAGUACCAGACCCUUGUGCUUCAGGAUGAAAUGGAGACCGCGGCGGAAAUCCUCCCCAGCGUCCCCGCCGAUCAGCUUAAUAAGAUUGCGCGGUUCCUGGAAGGUCAAGGCCACAAGGAGCUCGCUCUCGAGGUAGCAACGGAUCCGGAACAUAAGUUCGAGCUCGCCCUCGCGCUCAAUCAGCUAGAAGUUGCCCUCGAGCUUGCCGAGGUGGCCGAUGUGGAGCACAAGUGGAAGACGGUGGGAGAUGCAGCCCUGGCGGCUUGGGAUGUUGCUCUUGCCGCUAAGUGCUUCACUCAUGCUAAGGAUAUUGGCUCCUUACUACUUCUUCACUCCUCUACAGGCGAUCGGGGAGGUCUUGCGGCGCUCGCGAAACAGGCUGGAGAAUCGGGCGCUCACAACGUUGCGUUUAGUUGCCAGUGGCUCCUGGGCGAUGUCGAUGCGUGCGUCGACAUCCUAACCAAGACGGGAAGGCAUGCGGAAGCCGUUCUUUUCUCGCAGACGUAUAAGCCCAGCCUUACCCGGCCGCUGGUCGAUGGCUGGAAGGAGAACCUGGAGAAGAACAAGAAGGGGCGGGUGGCCAAGCUUCUCGGCACGCCUGGCGAGGAUGACGAUCUCUUCCCGGAGUGGGAUGAGUGGCUGAAGCUGGAGAGUGAAGGAAAGUCGGCGCUCGGCGAUAACGCCGCGGGUAAUGGGGCUGAGAAUGGUGCUGAGGAGGAGGAUGCGGAGGCGGAAGACUGA